AUGAAAGUUGUUGAUAUUGGCAAGGUAAGGUACUUGGAGGUAGACAUUAGUUUUGAAGCGGCAGAAAAAAGUUGGGUUCGUGACUUUUCCUACUCAAUGACAAUGACAAAGGCAGGCGUAGAAACAACAUACGAGAGGAUUCAAGAUUUCUUGGUAGCCAUUGAUCUGUCAAGCAAUAAAUUUGAUGGCUGCAUUCCAGAAGACAUUCAAAUUCUAAAGGCACUUCAGUUCCUCAACCUUUCCAACAAUUUUCUUUCAAGUCCAAUUCCAUCAUCAUUGGCAAACCUCUCAAGCCUCCAAGCUUUGGACCUUUCUCGAAACAAGCUCUCCGGGGAGAUCCCUGAAGAACUGGUGCAACUCACUUUCUUUGGAUUUUUUAAUGUCUCUCAUAAUCAGCUGACCGGACCCAUAUCGCAUGGCAAACAAUUUGGUACGUUCGGAAACAACACAUUUGAGGGCAACCUAGGAUUAUAUGGAAAUCCAUUGUCAAAGAAAUGCUAUCCCGAAGGCUUAUCACCACCGCCGCCGUCAUUGUCAAAGAAAGAUGAUAGUGAAGAUUCAUGGCUUCAAUUUGGGUGGAAAGCAAUCAUGUUCGGAUAUGGAAGUGGGGUAGUGAAUGGACUAGUUCUCGGUUACCUCUUCAACCCGAUGAAAUAUAAGUUGUUUGUCAAGUAUUUUGGAAGAAAGAUGCAGAAUGGGAGGAGGGGUAGGAUGAAUUAA